AUGAAGACUUGCUAUUAUGAGCUUCUAGGUGUUGACAGGAAGGCAACAGAUGAAGAAAUUAAAAAGGCAUAUAAAAAAAUGGCUUUAAAGUAUCACCCAGAUAAGAAUAGAGAAACAGAUACAAAGGAAAUCUUUUAAAAUCUUAUAGAAGCUUAUGAAGUGUUGAGUGAUCCAAAUGAAAGAGCCUGGUAUGAUUCACACAGAGAAUAAAUUUUGAAAGGUACAGGGGGAGAUGACAUGAGUAAAGAGGAAAUGGAAUAAGCAACAUAUGGUUUUAACAUUUGGCCAUAUUUUAGUCAUUCAUGUUACAAAGGUUUUGAUGAAUCACAAGAAAAUAAUUUUUACUAAGUUUAUACUGAAGUUUUUGAUAAAAUAAAAAAUGAAGAAUAUACUGCUUAUCGUUUCUAGUAGGAUUUCAAUGAUGAAGAGGAAAAAGUAGAAGAAUAUGUUGCUCCUCCAGAUUUUGGCAAUACUAAAUCACCUUUAGAGUAAGUUUCUGCAUUUUAUAAGCAUUGGGCAGCUUUCACUACUUAUAAAUCUUUCAGUUGGUGCGAUACUUAUAACAUAAAUGAGGCUCCCAAUAGAUGGGUAAAGAGACAAAUGGAAAAAGAAAAUAAAAAAGAGAGAUAGAAUUAAAAAAAGCAAUAUGCAAAAACAAUCAAGGAGUUAGUUGAGUUUUGCAAGAGAAGAGAUCCUAGAUGGAAAGAUAUUUUGGAUUAACAAAGAAAAGAUGAUGAAAAGAAGAAAGAAGAACUUAAGUUAAAGAAAGAAGAAGAAAAGAAGAGAAAGGAGGAAUAAAAAAUUAGAGCUAGAGAAGAGGAAGAAAGAAGAUGGGCUGAGUUGGAUGCUGAAAGAUAAAAGUAAGAGGGAGAAGAUGACAAUGUUUUACCUGAGGAAGAACAAUACAUUGAAGAGUUUUAUUGUGAAAUAUGUAAUAAGGGGUUCAAGAGUGAAGCUUAGCUUUUAAAUCAUAAUAAUUCUAAUGGCCAUAAAAAGAAAAUGAAAGAAUUGCUUGAUGAAGUUGGUACUUAGCAUGAAAGAGACUAGUUCUAAUAAUAAAUUGACUAAGCAAAGCAAUCUUUAAAUAAGAAUGUUGAAGUUCCUUCAAUAUCAAAGAAGAAAAAGAACAAAAAGAAAUAAAAAUCAUAGCAAAAUGUCAGCAAUAAAAAUUUAGAUAACAAUUCAUCUGAUGAAGAACAAGCAGAAGCAGCUGAAGAAGUAUUGUCUGAUGAGUUAGAAGCUAAGAAAGAAGAUAAAAAAAAGAAAGAUAAAGGUAAAGCUAAUGAAGCUGAUACCAAUAUUAAAGGUAAAUAGAAGAAAGUAGAAGAAUAAGUUGAAGAUGAAAUUGAUUUGAAGAAUAAAAGUAAAAAGGCCGUUAAAGGCAAACAAAAAGCUGAAUCAGAUGAUGAAGAAGAAAUUGAGUUGAAACCAAAGGGUAAAAAAGCAGGCAAAGGCAAACAAAAAGCUGAAUCUGAAGAAGAUGAAUAAGAAGUUCAACAAAAGAAGCAAGAAGAAGUUGAGGACAAAAAAAAUAAUAAAAAGAAAACUAAAGGAAAUUAAAAGGAGGAAGAGCCUGCUAAAAAGUAAGCAGUUGCAACUUAUGAUGAUGAAAGUGAAGAGGAAGAAAUUUAUUAAUCUAAUAAAUAACAUGCAAAGAAGAAAGAAAAGUAAGCCAAAGAAGAAAAAGCUGCUAAAUAAGAAGAAAUUACUAAGGCUUCAUCAAAAGCUAAGAAAGGUAAACAUGCUGAAGAAAAAGAGGAAGAUAAAAAAUUACUUAAAGAAGCUGCUGCAAAAUAAAAAACUUAAAAUUAACCUGAAUAAACAAAGGCUAAAAAAGGUAAAAAGCAAGAACAAAAAGGAAAGCAAGAAAGUGAAGAUGAUGAUAAAAAAGAAUAAGCUGAAUUUGAAAUGUCUCUAUUUGUUUCAAAGAAGUAGUCAGAUAUUAAAAAAAAUUAAGAUGAAAAUGAAUUAGAUUACUCAUACGAUUCAGAUGGAAAUAAGUGCAAGAAAGUUAGCUCUAAGAGUUAAAAUAAAUAAAACACUGAAACUAAUUCCAAUAGUGAUGAAGAUUAAGAAGAGAGUAGUGAUGAUGAAACUGAUUUCAAAGGCAAAAAUAGUUAGAAAUUAAACUAAAAAAAACAAAAUGAUGAAAAAGAAGAAGAAGAUGAUGGAUGGUAAAGUGCUAAAUUUACGACUAAAAAGUAAGAAAGUAAGCACAACCAUGAGGCUAUGAUGAAGAAAAAGCAAGAAGAGAAGGAGUUAAAGAUAAAAUAGUAAUAAGAAGAACUCAAAAAGAAGUCUCAGUAAUAAACUAAAUCAAAAAAACAAUAAGAAAGCUCAAGUGAAGAGGAGGAGUCUGAAGAGGAAUCAGAUGACAGUGAUGAUGAAUUAGCUAGAUUUGCAAUGAACAUAAAGAAAAAAAAUGAUGAUGAUAGUGAUGAUGAAGGAAAUAAAAGAAAGGGUAAAGGAAAAAGAAGUAAGAGAUUGCAAGAAGAAAAGGACAACUUUGAUAAAGUUUAAAAGCAAAAACAAAUGGAAAAACUAGAUGAUAAAACUUACAACAAAGUAAUUAAAUCCUAGAAAAAAACUGAAAAGGAAGAGGAAGCAGAAGCUGCAUAGCAAGCAGAACUCAACAAGGCCAAGUAAAAAAGAGAAAAGAAAAAAGAAAAAGAAGAAAAAGAAAAAGAGCUUGGUUAAUUUAAAUGCAAUACUUGUACAUAGCGUUUCUAAUCUAAAACAAAGUUAUUUGCUCAUAUCAAAGAAACUGGACAUGCUUCAGUAAAAGCAUGA